CCCAGUAAACUACUAUACUACUACUUCUCUUACUCCACUGGAAAAAAGCAAAGAAAGAUAGGCUUUUUGGUCUCUCCCUCUUUUUUUUUCCUCUCUUCCGUUUGUUCCUUUUUCAGCUUCUGGGUAUGAAUGUUUGAUAUUCAUGGUCCGUAGAGAUGGUUUCAUGGCCAGGAAUUCAGUGAACUCAGAUCGCCACACCAUCACCGUGGUUAUCUUUGUCACACUUCUUCAUCUCCUCCUUCUACCUCCGGCUUCUUGCGUUGCACAGCACAUCCCGUCUCUGGCUCCUCAGGGGUUAUUACUCGAAGACAAGACCCGGUUGGGUUCCACUCCACCGAGUUGCCGUAACAAGUGCAACGAGUGCCACCCUUGCAUUGCUGUACAGGUACCUACGCUACCGAGUCAUGAACGAUUCCAACCCGGUCCCCGAAGAACAAAGCCUGUGGAACUGGUGGUAUUAUCUCCAUCGACGGCCGACGAUGCUAAAUACUCCAACUACAAACCCGUGGGUUGGAAAUGCCGAUGCGGGAACCGCCUUUUCAACCCUUGAAAAGGUAAA